AGCUUAUGACUUUUCAAAAAGCCAAUAAGUCAAUAAGUUGUUUCAAAAAGCUUACCCAAACAUGCCCUUAAUCUCACUUAAUUCCAAUUUGGGUGUUUUUGUACGCUGACCGUUGUACACCUCAAAAGGUUUUUGGCUCCAUGAAAUGAAACGAAAUGAAUUCAUCUCUCUUAAAAUCUCUCCAUAAUUGCCAAACCCUGAAAUCCCUGAAAUCCAUCCAUGCUUUACUUAUAGUAAACGGGUUAUUUGCUUCAUCUGACAUCCUGCUCAACAAGCUUAUUCGCCUCUACUUUCGUUUUGGCUCAGGCACCCAUGCCCACCAGGUGUUUGAUAAAAUUCCGCAACCAAAUGUCUUCCUUUGGACAUCUAUGAUCCAUGGCUAUGUCCAAACCAAACUGUAUACACAAGGGUUUUCCCUUUUUCGUACAAUGCUGCGUGAUUCGGUUGCACCCAUGAAUUUUACAAUUACCACAGUGCUCAAGGGUUUAGCUAGAGAAGCUAGAUUAAGAGAUGGGGAGAUGGUUCAUGGAUUGGUUAUAAAAUAUGGCUUCGAUUUUGAUGUGAUGGUGCAAAAUUCUAUGCUUGAUUUGCUCAUGAGAUGCGAGAAAACCGAUUUAGCUAGAUGUGUGUUUGAAGAGAUGAAUGUAAAAGAUACUGUGUCGUGGAAUUCGAUGAUAUAUGGGUAUUGUAACAACGGUAGGAUCGAGAUUGCGCGUGAACUGUUUGAUAUGAUGCCUGAUCCGAAUGUUAUUUCUUGGACUAGUAUUAUAUGUGGGUAUGUGGAGGUUGGUGACAUGAGUGAGGCGCGCGCUCUAUUUGAGGCAAUGCCGGUUAAAGACUUGGCUUCAUGGAAUGUUAUGCUGUCUGGUUAUGUAGAUUUUGGCGACCUCGAUGCUGCUUUAUGUAUUUUUAACAUGAUGCCGUUUCGUGAUGUUGGGUCUUGGAAUUUGAUCAUAUCCGGGUGUUGUAGAAUGGGGUAUGUUGAUUCCGCAAGAAGCUACUUUGACCGGAUGCCAAGUAAGAAUGUGGCUUCGUGGACCAUGAUGAUUGACGGGUACAUGAAAUCCGGAAAUGUUAAUGAUGCAAAGGUUUUAUUUGAUCAGAUGCCGGAAAAGAAUCUGAUUUCUUGGUCAACCAUGAUUGGUGGAUAUGCUAAAAAUGGAGAACCGCAAACUGCUUUAGAGCUGUUAAAAUGCUUCAAAAAGGAGCGUAUAAAACCAGAUGAAACCUUUAUACUUGGCGUCAUUUCCGCUUGUUCACAGUUAGGUGUUUUGGACGCUGCAGAGUCAGUAAUCAAUGACUACGUGGGCCCCACUCUUCUCUCCAGUUUACACGUGUCCACUAGUUUAAUUGAUAUGUAUGCUAAAUGCGGAAACCUUAAAAAGGCUGCACAAGUGUUUGAAACAACUUCCGGAAAAGACUUGUUUUGUUACAGUACUAUGAUUGCAGCCUACGCAAAUCACGGGUUGGGUCGAGAAGCCAUUUCAUUGUUUGAGGAAAUGAAGAAUAAUAUAGAACCCGACACGACAACAUUUGUUGGUGUCUUGAGUGGUUGUAAUCAUGGGGGUCUUGUUAACGAGGGGUGGAGAUAUUUUAAACAGAUGACAGAUGAGUAUAGGAUUCAACCAACGGAUAAGCAUUAUGCAUGCAUGGUUGAUCUUUUAGGGCGUGCGGGGCGUGUUCAUGAUGCUUAUAACCUAAUAUGUAGCAUGAAGGUGGCCCCUUCUGCGGCUGUUUGGAGUUCCCUGCUUGCGGCUUGUAGUGUUCAUCGCAACGUUGAGCUAGCUGAAGCUGCAGCUGCUGAAUUGUUUAAGAUUGAUCCGCAUAAUUCAGGGAACUAUGUUCUUUUAUCGAAUAUCUAUGCUGCUUUAGGAGAGUGGCGUAAUGUUGCUAAAGUGAGAGCAACGAUGAGGCGAAAUCAAGUGAGGAAAAAUAGAGGUUCCAGUUGGAUUGAGUUAGACUCUAUGGUGUGUGAAUUUGUGAUGGGAGAUUUAACAUAUUUAAAUUCUGAGAACAUUAAUUAUAUUAUGGAUCUACUAGCUGAAGAAAUGAAGCUUGAGGAAUAAAGUCUAGUUUUUUUCUUUUUUUUUUUUCCUGUAAACGUGAGAACAAGGAAAACUCACAUGACUCCACUAGUACCAAGUGGUACUCUACCCUACUAACCAGUGGGACCAAGUAAAGCCGCCCCAAGGGGUUAAGGUAGAAAACAAGUGGAAACUGGGUUCCGACCAUCAAAUCUAAUUUUAAUAAAUACAUUGUUAUUUAUUGUAGGUUUUAGAUCAAUCAGCAUGACGGAGAAUAACCCAUAUAUAUCAAAUAGUUCUUCAUCA